GUUAUAAUUCUCAGUUCCUCUCCUCUCUUUCUCGCCAUUACUUAUCGCCAUCCCUCUCUCCUCUCUCUUCAAACAGAGGCUGGUUGUAUCUGAAAAAGAGUGUGCGAGUCCUUGGAGAAGGAGGAAGUCAUGGAGGCCAAGAUCCUAGCCGGCGUAUUGCACACGGACACGCACACUCGACUCCAGGCAGGGGAACAGUUAUUGGAAUAUUUGAGAAAUGAAGAGAACCAGUUGGCAGAGUUUGAGGAUUUAGAGGAAUUAAUUAAGGGAUUAGCCAACUGGAUGUCCAGCAGCAAUUUUAGAAUGAGUCUCCAAGCAAUGGAUCUGCUAAUAAUGAUAAUAAUACAAUUUAAAGAGAAAUUCAAGCAUUACAUUAGCAUAUUGUUACCAGUAAUAAGAGAGAAGCUUGGAGAUGCUAAAGACUCUGUUAGAGAGAAAACUCAAGUACUUAUACAGCAGAUAAUGCAGGAUACUGUCACUUCACCACAAAAACUACUGGACACUGUCUUGGAAGGUAUUCUAACUCAUAAAAACUGGCGAGUUAAAGAGCAAGGGCUCCUGUGUAUAACUAGAACACUUAGCUUUUUUGGUACUAGUCAAAUUUCAGUAUCUAAAUACGUUGGCUCAAUAUGUGAAUUAUUGGGCGAUGCUAAUGCUCAGGUGAGAUCUGUAGCCAUUGAGUCGUUGGUGGAAAUAUAUCGUCACGUGGGAGUGAAGGUUCGUAUUGACAUCACAAAGAGGACUAACAUACCGGCUGCUAAACUUCAACUCAUUUUACAAAAAUUUGACGAGUUGGACAAAGAGAGUGGAGAAGAUGGAGACGAGAGUGGUUCACUCUCCUCUUGUUCUUCAAGUGCUUCAGCUAGCAAGGGACAAGGAUCUGGCCCAGUAACAAGUGGUGGAGGGAAGAGGAAGGGUUCAGCUCCUGUCAGUAAUGGAGGGAGUAGCUCUGGAGCUAUUGAUGAAGCUCAGUUUGAGAAGUCAUACACUGAUGUACCACAUUUGAAUAUAUUCACUCAGGCUGAUAUUGACAGGAUAAUGGACUCCAUAUCAAAAGUCCUAAGCAACAAAGACGCUCAGUGGGACACCAGGGUAUCCUCCCUCAAAGAGCUCAGGGCUGUCAUUCAAUCUGAAGUUGUCGACUAUCAAAACUUUGUUUCUCAACUACGAGGCCUUGAGAUACCCUACCAGAGUGCCUUGAAAGACCUCAGGUCUCAGGUGGUACGAGAGGCUUGUGUGACUCUUGCCUGCCUUGCUGUUCAUUUGAGGGUUGACCUGCUCCAGUUUGCUGAGCUAAUGCUACCACAUCUAAUAGCCCUUCUACCUAAUUCAGCUAAAGUGAUGGCUUCAUCAGCUAAUGUCUGUGUGAAAGUAAUAAUACAGAAUUGUCCUAAUCACCGAUUGAUUGGUCCUGUGGUACAAGGUUUUCAAGCAAAGUCUGCGAUCACGCGUAAAAGUUGUGCCGAGAUCAUCGAACUAUUGACACGAAACUGGGACACUGGUAUACUGGAUAGGGCCGGUAGCACACUGGAGGAAGCCAUUGUUAAAGGAGUGAAGGACGCUGAUGCUACUGCAAGAAAAUUAAUGAGAAGGGCAUUCUGGGGUUACCACUCUCAUUAUCCAUCAGCUGCUGAUAGACUCUUCAAUACUUUUGAUAGUCAGAUACAGAAGCACCUCAGAGACGAGAAGAGACAGCUGGACGGGGAACCGCCAGCACCUCCUGUCCAAUUAUCACAAAUAAAGCCUAAAGUAAAGAAGUCUGAUUUAUUAUUUCAGAACAGUUCAGAGGGAGGCGAUUCCCUCCCCCCGUCCAGAGGAGGGAGUGUCCCUUCAAUCAAGAUCCGUACCCCUACAAUCCGUGCCCCUGUCCUUAAGAACAGGCGAACAACAGAGCCGGCUCUACCUGCGACUAAGCCGCCUCUUUCCAAAUCUGGUCAAUCCAGCGACAACCUUUUAUCGGACGCCAGUCAGUCCAGUUUAGGCGCUCCUGCUCGUCCAUCGUCUCGUACUGGUAGCUCACGUAAGACGUCUGAGGAUAGACCCGUGACUCCGUCCGGUCGCCAUCGUCCACCACGAGCCAAGAGCCCUGGUAUUGGAGGGAGUAGCAGGGACAGUUCACCUGCUAGGAAGUCAUCAUCAUUGUCUAGGAAAGCAUUACCUAAAUUAACUCACGAUUCACUUACACAAAUUGUUGGUUUUGCCCCUAGCAGUGGUAUGAUCGAUGAUGAUGAUGAUACUGCUAGCAUCACGUCCGAUCGAUCGGCUUUCUCGGUUUCCUCUGAGAUGUCAGUCACGCCUUACGCAACAUCAAAAUAUCCUAAUCCAAUAACUGAUUUAGACGAGUUAAUUAAGUUAUGUACAUCAAAGACCUGGUCUGAGAGAAAGGAUGGGAUUGCACAGCUUCACCUCCUACUGGAGAGUGAUCACGAAUUAACUGCAUCUGAUAUUUCGAAAGUCAAAGAUGUCUUUAAAAGAUUCUUUGCUGAAACUAAUUCUCAAGUCUAUGGUAUGUUCCUUGAGACACUGACUAGAUUCAUACAGAGUCACAGGAUCCACUUGAAUGACUGGAUCUACAUACUGUUACUGAAACUAUUGCAGAAGCAAGGGAAUGACAUGCUCAAAUCAGUUCAGUAUAAAGUACAACUUGUACUGGAACAUGUUAGGAAAGCAUUUGAUCCAUCAUCCCAGUUCAGUGUAUUGUGUCGUAUACUAACUGAUCCAGCACAACCAAUGACUGUGAAAGUGAAGCAAGCCUGGCUGGAAUAUGUACAUGAGCUUGUACCAAUGAUUGACUCUGAAGACUUCAAAGAGACUUCUGAGACCAGACAGGCAUUCACUAAACUCUUAGCGUUGACGCUGGAGCCUAAAAGCCUUGAAGUACGUAAAGCAAGUCAACGUGUCGUUACUGGUCUAUUUGAUCUGAAUGCAUCAGUAUUCUCAUUGUUACUCAGAGGAGUGCCACAUAAUCUCAAGGAGAAUGCUGAGCGUAUAGUGAAAGGAUACAUUCAAGAUGGGAACAGCAGUGAUGAUGAUGAGAUUGUUCCACCUUCGCCCACGUCUCGUGCAGUUCCCAAAUCGAAAUCCCACACCAUGGGAUCCCACUCUGGUACUUCUUCAAUGAGCAGUGGACCUCCCCAGCGACAGGUUCAACCUUUAUCUCCAUCUUAUCGCCAAAUGUCUUCAUCGUCUCCUAACAUUGUCUCGAACAGACACGAGGCGCCGCCCGAUCACACCACACCCAAAUCCGGCACUCCCCAGACCCAGCGUAGUAGUAGAGUACCAGUCCCGACUGGCCGGGGCACCCCCUCUGGGUUAACGCCUACUAAGAUACCACGCCCAUCCUCUCGUCAAGGAGGGCCAGGGUCUGCCUUGCCUCCUAGGGCCCGUAGUGUCGACCCGGAGAGAAUGAUGGCCACUACUCAACUUCAGGAUUUUAAUCAUAGCUUGAUGGUAGGAGGAGGAGGAGGAGGAGGUGGUGGUGGUCAUAGUAAACCACGUGACCGGUACCAGCGUCCAAUGUCCUCUCAGUCGGAAUACAUUACGGCUUCUCUUGCUGGAGGUGGGAGGGGCUAUGCUAACGGUGUGAGGAAUCCACUGUUGCCACGCCCACCUUCGUCUCAAGGUUUCAUGUUGGAUCAUUUUAUAUCCACUCUACCAAUGCUUGACUUUGGAUCACCAGAUCCUGAUGGUGAGCCACGAGAUCAAAUUGCCCUCCUAUUGAAGCAAAUUAAAGAUACCAACAAUUCUAAAGUGCGUACGACUGCGAUCCAGUCCAUCUUUUCACUAGCAAAGUCAUUUGAUUACAACAACUGGAAGGAUCACAUCUCAGAUGCAAUGACCACUCUGGUUUCAUGCACUAAUGAUUCUGAUGGUCUAGUCCGUACAAUGUCGCUACGUGUCAUUCGUGAACUAGUAAAAGCUCGUCCGCCCGGACUAACCCAGUUCACGGAGCAGCUCACGAACCAGUCACUCAGCUCGUAUCAGGAAACCGACUGUAAUGUGAGUCAGGCAGCAGAGGACCUCUUCAGUCCAUUGGCAGCUGCACUACCGCCUCCUCGUGUGCUGGAUAUACUCAUACCACUCGUCUCUAAAGGAGCUGAUGCUAGCUCUCUGGGAGCACUCAAACUUAUAUCAAAGGUUGUGAGUCAUUCUGAUGAGAGCUGUAUAUCAGAAAGACUGAACGACAUGGUUCCUGGUAUUGUACAGGGUUAUCGUCAUGAGGAAAGCAGCAUACGCAAGGCAAGCGUAUUCUGUUUAGUUGAAAUACAUGGAAUAGUUGGUGAAGAUCUAAGACCAUUUCUGUCGGUUCUCACCUCAUCACAGACCAAACUACUUGAUUUGUACAUCAAAAGGCAUCAUAGUUCUUCAAAGAGAGACUCUCAUCCUACUUCCUCAGAGCAAUGAAACAAUCUUUCAUUCUUUAAUUUCCCUUCCUUUUUCUUAAAGCACACACACCAUCUCCUCUAUUGAUCAGUAUAAUUUUAAUAUCAUGCAUGCAUUAGCUUCCCUUCUCUUUUCUUCUUUCAUUGAUAAUUCAAUGUAAUGCAUUGUUGCUAUUAUUAUUAUUAUUAUUAUUAUUAUUAUUAUUAUUAUUAUUAUUAUUAUUAUUUGUUCUGGAGAUAAAUGUUAUAGACUGUAGUCUUUUUCUUAUUUUUUGUGCUUUAGACCCUCACACUUUAUUUGUCACAAGUACUAUUAUUAUUAUUAUUAUCAUUAUUAUUACAACGAA